UUCCGCUCCUUCCACGAGAUGUACGACACUGCGGAAUGAGCAGCUUCGGGUGCCAUAAAAAACAUGUGUCUCUGUUCCAAGCCAUCAAAUACAAAUGCCUAGCCCGUUGCAGUCGAGGAGGCUGAAAAUCAGCGUUGCCUGCGAGCACUGUCGCUCCAGGAAGAUAAAAUGUGAUGGCGUUCGUCCAGCAUGCAAUAAUUGCCGGCGGAAGGUCGGAAGAUGUACGUAUAGGCGCGGGGUCGUCGCUGAUCGCAGUAGCCGACCCCUUCCGCCGUCUUCGAGUCCGCUCCCGUUUCCGCAUCCGCAUCCGCAUCCGAGCUCGGAACGACCCGAUGGACAGGAAUUACCGAGGAUCCCCUCCGGCACUGUCCACGGGUUGUUUGCUGGCGAGGUUACAGCUGCCGUAGAUGCCAGGCUUGGUCUCGCUUCGAGCGGAAGGCCGAGCUUGACCCCCAUGACGGAUGCUCCCCUGUUCGGCUUGCUCCCCCGCCGCCAAGUUGCCGAUGGUACCGCCCAUCGCGUGGAAAACGUGCUGCCUCAGCGCAAGCACGCCGACUACCUGAUGGAUAUCUACUGGCGGCAUAUCCAGCCCUUAGAGCCCUUUCUCGAACAAGAGCGCUUCUGUCGUUCGUACCAGGCGCUGUUUGCCGGCGGCUCGCUCGAGGCCGACGAGCGCAUCUUCGUCAGCACCCUCAAUAUAGUCUUUGCCCUGGCCACUCAGCUGCAGGAAUGCAUGCCACCCGAAGACAGAGAGGAAGCAAGUAACACAUACUUCCAUCGCGCGUGGGCGCUGCUUCGGCCCGAGACCAUUAUAUGGGAGCCUGGGUCGCUCGAGCUUGUCCAGUGCCUGCUCCUCAUGACCCGGUAUUUGCAGUGCACCAAUAACCCGCACCAGACCUGGAUGGCCGUGGGAUUUGCAGUGCGCAUAGCCCAGAGCCUUGGUCUCCAUCUCCCCGAGUCGCUACCCUCAUCCGGUGCCCCCAAACGUGAUAGCCGCCUGAGGCGGCAGGUAUGGCAAUGCUGUGUUUAUAUGGAUAGAAUCGUUUCAUGGGUGCUUGGACGGACUUCAAUGAUACCCCUCGCUGUCUCGUCCGCUACGAUCAGCGAUGAUCCAGGCUGCCAAAAUAGCGAGGCAUCAGCCAGUUAUCUCACAAAGACUCUGGAGUUAUAUGAGAUAUGCAACCACAUUAUGCUCUCUCAGGUGUCCGCCGGCAGCAGCGUCGCAGAUAAGCUGGGUCUGCCGGGUCUGUACCAGCACGACGAACCUUUCAGCAACGCAUCACGGCUCGACGCAUGUCUCAACCAGUGGGAGAAGAACCUUCCCCAGUCCCUCAGAUUUGACGACUCCUUGGACGAUGAUGCCGACAAUAUUUCGCAGGCAGUUCAUCUUCACCUCAGGCUCCUGCAUGGCCGGAUCUCCCUCUUCCGGCCAAUGCUAGCACGCUACUGCCUCUCCCGACCCCAAACAGCAACAGGCGCCGCCCCCACCCCCGACCGCGGCCGCCUGUCCGACCGCAUCCUCCAAGACUGCGCCUCGCUCUGCGUCGACAACGCGCAGAAGAUGAUCUCCGUGGUCGACGACAGGUGCCGCCGCCGCCGGCUGGCGGCAGACGGGGCCGUUGGCGUCGUGCCCUGGUGGUACCGCGUCUUCUACCUGCACGUGGCGGGGACGGUGCUGGUCGCCGCCACGCUGCGCGCCGACCUGUACACGCCGGCCCUGACGCGGUCCUGGUACACCGCCAUGGCCGGCCUGCGCGCCCACGAGCACCUGAGCCCCUUCGUCCGGCAGUGCGUCGCCGCAUUCCAGGCGCUGUCGGUUAGGAUCUCGCCCGAGUCGAUGCACCAGCAGCAGCACCAGCAGCCGGGAGGCGAGCGCGAGCGACACUCCGCAUCGCCGGCAGAAGCGGCUUCGAAUAAUGCUACGUAUUUUCAAGAUGUGUUUCAGGAAAUGGGGCUUGCGAACCCGGAUAACUUGCUAUUUGGCAUGGAAGAUAUGUCUUGGCUGGGUAAUUUCGAAUUCCCUCUCCCUCCAGAGUCAUGAUCAUGUCCAGCUGGGAUCGCGAUCCACCAGGGUAGUUGACCGCCGAGUGUGAGGGGCUUUUGAAAUUUAUUCAGGUGGUCCACAAGCCAUCUAGAGGGUUGGGGGAGAUGAGAGAGUAGAUAUCUGCCGAAUGUAUCAUGUCUUAUCGCAGGUAUGUAGAGGCUAUUUAUCACCAUCCACAAGUCUCUUGAAACUUGCAAUUAUGUGAUCCCCGAGAUUGAAAAGUAUGUCCAGGAGGUGGAGCCUAACACUGGUUGGAUGGGUUCAUGAGGAGGGCGUGCUUAUGGCAGAUUCAGGGUCUCAGGGGAGAGGAAUUCGGGAUCCUCGUGCCGUGAUCCUCGAACCCUAUCAGAAAGGACACGACUGGGCCUAGUCUGGGGGAGCAGGAGAUGAUCAUGUCCCUGGCCCCCUGGCAAGGAGGCAACUUCCCACCUAAAUGUCAUGGGAAUGACAUGGAGC